AUGAGCAACGGAGAUCGUACUCUGCUGGUACCUCCCCACACCGGUGACCACGUCCUCCCCAACCUGCCUUUUCUCGGAAAGCUAUUACAAUAUGCCAACAGAAGCACAUCCCGCAUUGCCAUCCGAGAUGUACACGCCGGCGUGGAAAAAACCUACGCACAGUUGCUGGUAGAUGGACUGGCCUUGCGGAAGAAACUGCAAGAGACGCUGUCUCCAGAUAUCCAAGAGGAUCUGCUCCAUGACCGCGAAGUACCCAUUGCGCUACUGGCGCCAGGAGGCUACCAGUACGCAGUGGGGUUCAUAGCCAUUUUGGCACUGGGGGCGGCUGUCGUUCCACUGACUGUCGUUCUUCCGACAGAGGAAGCCAGCGCACUCGUACAUCGCGCCCGCUGCGCAGCGAUUGUCUGCUCUCGAGGAUCUAUAAAUCUAGCACAGUCCGUGACCUCUAUCCACGGCAACAUCUUCUACCAAUCCAUACAGCCGUACACCAACAGCAACCCGACUGCCCUCAUGAUAGACAAAAUCACAAUCUCCUCCAACCGCGAGCUCGACCCCAACUUAGCCAGUCUCAUAAUCUUCACAUCUGGCACAACCGGUCCUCCAAAAGGCGCCGUGCAACGCCGGAGCUACCUGACCAGAGCCGCAGAAGCCAUCGCAGACCACUACGGCAUCACCGAAACAGAUACAAUCCUGCAUAUGCUUCCCGUGCACCACAUCACCGGCGUGGCAAUCAACUUCCUUCCCUACCUGACCAUAGGCGCAUGUGUCGAGUUCCGCAGCGGCGGUUUCGACGCCGCCUGGACGUGGGAGCGCUGGAGCCGUGGCGGCCUGACGGUCUUCUCCGGCGUGCCGACUAUCUAUAUCCGCAUGAUGCGGUACUUUGAGUCAAACCAGCUCCCGGAGGAGAAGCGCCAGGCGUACGUACACGGGGCACAAAGUUUGCGUGUGCUACUAUGCGGCACUUCGGCGCUGCCGGCUCCCGUGCAAGACUUCUGGACGCGUAUCCUAGACGGAAAGCGCAUUCUAACGCGGUACGGUGCAACGGAGAUAGGGGUCUGCUUCAUGAUGGGCGUAGACGACGCCCGUACUCCGCCGAAUAGCGUUGGGCGGGCGGUGCCGGGGCUUGAGGUGAAGUUGGAUGAGAAUGGGAUGGUGCUGGUUAAGGGGCCGCAUAUAUUUUCAAAAUAUCUAUACGACAAGAAAGCGACGGCAGAUGCCCACGACGCAGAGGGGUACUUCAAAACCGGAGACAUCGCGCGGAAAGAAGGCCCAUAUUACUUUAUCUUGGGUCGAGCAUCCCUUGAUAUUAUCAAAUCCGGGGGCUACAAGAUCUCCGCGCUGGACAUCGAGCGCGAGGUUCUCGGGUUGGACUACGUUGCCGAGGUUAUGGUGGUGGGUGUACCUGAUGAUGAGUUUGGACAGCGAGUGGGAGCCGCUGUGUGUUUGAAGGAUAGUAGUCGUGGCAGGAAGGGUCUGCUGGAGAGACUACGACACGAUCUGCGGAGCAAGCUGGCGGGAUAUAAGCUGCCGACUGUGCUGCGGGUCGUUCAGGGCGAGCUGCCCAAGUCGGCGACUGGGAAGGUGCAGAAGAGGAUUCUUGGGCCGGAGUAUUUCCCUGUGGGAUAUGCGGCUAGUGGGGAGGUGGAGGUGUGGGAGGGGAGGAAACUGAAGUUGUAA